CGUGAAAUUGUGCCGGAAACGGGUGAAGACGGACUGCGAGCUGCUGCCGAGCCGCUUCCAGCAAACACAGUCCGUCCGCUUCGAGGCCUUCUCCGGCAUCUGGAGGGACAAGAGCUUCUCACACAUCUUCUGCUAGGUGAUUGGCAGGAGGAGGAGAGUCUGACGGAGGAGCAGAGGAACGUUGUCAGCCAUUUUCUCUGAGCUCAACAACGGAGGAAAAAUGGAUUCUUCACAAAAAAAACGUGAAAACAACAAUGGAGUGAGACAUCAGAAAUCUGUGGAGGAAAACAACGGUUCCCCAACAACAACAAACAGAGAUGAAUCACUCAGUUGUGAUCAAUGCGGCAAGACUUUUAUCACAGCAACAAAGCUAAGAAUUCACCAGCGAAUUCACACUGUGGACAAACAGUUCAGUUGUGAUCAGUGUGGGAAGACUUUUACUUCCAAGAGUAAUCUAACAACCCAUCAACUCAUUCACAGUGGAGUUAGACCAUUCAGCUGUGAUCAGUGUGGGAAGACUUUUACUUCCAAGGGUAAUUUAACAAGACAUCAACUCAUUCACAGUGGAGUUAGACCAUUCAACUGUGAUCAGUGUGGGAAGACUUUUACUCAGAUGUACAACCUAAGAAUCCAUCAAGUCAUUCACAGUGGAGUUAGACCAUUCAGCUGUGAUCAGUGUGGGAAGACUUUUACUGAGAAGAGGAUAUUCACAGAACAUCAACUCAUUCACAGUGGAGUUAGACCAUUCAGCUGUGAUCAGUGUGGGAAGACAUUUCCUUCCAAGAAGACAUUAACAAGACAUCAACUCAUUCACAGUGGAGUUAGACCAUUCGGCUGUGAUCAGUGUGGGAAGACAUUUACUUCCAAGGGUAAUUUAACAAUCCAUCAAGUCAUUCACAGAGGUGUUAGACCAUUCAGCUGUGAUCAGUGUGGAAAGACAUUUACUUUCAAGGGUCAUUUAACAAGACAUCAAGUCAUUCACAGUGGAGUUAGACCAUUCAUCUGUGGUCAGUGUGGGAAGACUUUUACUGAGAAGGGUACAUUAACAAGCCAUCAACUCAUUCACAGUGGAGUUAGAGCAUUCAGCUGUGAUCAGUGUGGGAAGACUUUUACUCACAAGAGUACAUUAACAAGCCAUCAACUCAUUCACAGUGGAGUUAGACCAUUCAGCUGUGAUCAGUGUGGGAAGACUUUUACUCACAGGAGGAAAUUAACAGACCAUCAACUCAUUCACAGUGGCGUUAGACCAUUCAGCUGCGUUCAGUGUGGGAAGACAUUUACUACCAAGGGUAAUUUAACAACACACCAAAUCGUCCAUAGUGUAGUUAGACCAUUCAGCUGUGAUCAGUGUGGGAAGACAUUUGCUGACAAGAGGGAACUAACAAGACAUCAACGCAUUCACAGUGGAGUUAGACCAUUCAGCUGUGAUCACUGUGGGAAGACAUUUACUACCAAGAGUAAUCUACGAAGCCAUCUACUCAUUCACAGUGGAGUUAGAGUUAGACCAUUCAGCUGUGAUCAGUGUGGGAAGACAUUUACUUCCAAGAGGACAUUAACAAGCCAUCAACUCAUUCACAGUGGAGUUAGAGUUAGACCAUUCAGCUGUGAUCAGUGUGGGAAGGCUUUUACUCAGAUGGGCGCCCUAAGAACCCAUCAGCUCGUUCACAGUGGAGUUAGACCAUUCAGCUGUGAUCAGUGUGGGAAGACUUUUACUUCCAAGAGUAGUUUAACAAAACAUCAACUCAUUCACAGUGGAGUUAGACCAUUCAGCUGUGAUCAGUGUGGGAAAACUUUUACUCAGAUGGGCAACCUAAGAACCCAUAAACUCAUUCACAGUGGAGUUAGACCAUUCAUCUGUAAUCAAUGUGGGAAGACAUUUACUUACAAGUUACAUUUAGCAAGCCAUCAACUCAUUCACAGUGGAGUUAGACCAUUCAUCUGUGAUCAGUGUGGGAAGGCUUUUACUACCAAGAGUAAUUUAACAACACACCAAAUCGUCCACAGAGGAGGUGAACCAUCCAACUGUGAUCAGUGUGUGAAAACCGUUACUCAACAUGAACAGUUAUUGAUCCAUAAAUGCCCCCAUUCUGGUAGACAGCUGUACCACUGUGACUACUGUGAAAAAACUUUCAAGCACCAGAGGAGCCUAAAAUGUCACCAGCGCAUCCACACUGGACAUGACGUGUACGUAUGUGAUCACUGUGGAAAACCAUUUGCACAAUUCUCACACUUAAAAGCUCAUGAAGUUACCCACACCAGGGUUAAACCGAACCGCUGUGACCAGUAUGGGAAAGGCUUCAACAACAUUGGAGUCUCUCACCAACGUGACCACACUGAGGACAGACCCUACAGAUGUGACGAGUGUAAUAAGACUUUUAGAACUUUGGCUUCCCUGAAACAACACCAGCAGAUCCACACCAGAAAGAAAGCAUUCAAUCAACGUCACAGUAAGUAAAGAAUGAGUGACCGAGGACAAAAGAAGUGAGAGAGGUCACCAGGACACCUAAUACUCUUCUGAAGGAGUUCCAAGCUUCAGCAGCUGAGAUGGGAGAGACUGUUCAUACAACUGUUGUCUGUUUUUCACCAGUCAAAGCUUGAUGGGAGGCAAAGAGAAAGACUCUGUCAAGAAAAGUUCCUAUUAAAUCUGGACUAGUGUUCAGCAGAAGACACGUGGAGACUCUGAAGUCAACUGAAGAAGGUUCUUUGGUUUGACUUUCUCUUUCUACUUUGGUGCACUGCUGUAGGGAGCAAGCUGAAAAUCCUGGUUUGAGCUUCAACACCAUGAACUUUGUUUUUUAGAAAGUGAAAUUGUAGCUUAUGCACUGUUAAGUGUCUUGUUCGAUUGUUUUAAAUGCUGAUUCAUGAAAUUUUCCUUUGGUUGCUUCAUUUAAACCCACAUCCACUGGUUCUUUAGCGUAAAGUUUUAGUACAGUAUAUGAAAUGGCCUAGCAAACAACAGGACAAACAAACAAACAUCCAGUAAUUUGUUAAAUUAAUAUAAAAUGGUUGAUAAUCAACUCUGAACCCUUCAGAUUCAUCUUGGAUGAAAUGUAGUAAAAUAGUUUAAAGUUGUUCUCUCAACCACCUGCAAUGACAAAACUGACAUAUACAGUAAUAUGUCACACGCACGGGCUGUUUUUUAUUUAUUUGAUCCUAGAGCUACAUUUUGCUGAUAACCUCUGUACUUUUACUUCAGUGUAAUUUAGGUUUUUACUGCUACUUUUUUCAAAAUAAAAGGAUCAGACUACUUCUUCCA